AUGCCGCCCAAGGCAACACCGCCCGAAUUCCCCGUACAGGCGUUUCCUACGUGUACAGAUUUCGAAACCUUUCUCGAGCGCGAAUAUGCCACGGCUCCCGGCCUCUACGUGAAGCUCGCCAAAAAGAAUUCUGGCACACCCUCAAUAACGGCAGCGGAAGCCGUCGAAGUAGCGCUAUGUUAUGGCUGGAUAGAUGGUCGCGCCAACGCCUGCGAUGAGACCUGGUGGACGGUACGCUACACACCUCGGAGAGCGAACAGUAUGUGGUCUCAGAAGAACGUCGGGACGGUGGCCCGUCUCAUAGAGAUUGGCCGGAUGCGUCCCGCUGGCCUGGCAGCCGUUGAUGAUGCGAAAGCAGACGGACGAUGGGAUCGUGCGUACGCAGGGUCUGCUACAAUCGUUGUGCCUGAAGAUCUCAAGAUUGCGCUUGCUCAGGUACCUGCUGCGGAAGCUCAAUGGGAAAGCAUGAACAAGGGCGAUCGAUACACAGCGUUGCUCAAGCGGGGUGUCGUCUGGAACGAAGCCAUCCGUGCCUCCCAUCGAUGGGCGUCUACAUUUCCGAUGCCACCUGCGAGCUCAAUCACCUACCCUAUCGACUUUACCGACAGAGAGAAGUCUUUGUUGAACAGCUACGCAGCCGUAUUUUUGAACAAGAACAAACACUUUAGUAGCGCUGAUGCGACAAGAGCAGAACUGGACACUGCCUGUGAUUUGAUACUGAAAGAUUGGCCGAUGAAGAAGGGAAAAACUCCGCGUAUUGCCCGGGUAGUCUUUACUGAGGCAAAGAACAAUCUUCUUCGUGCGGAGAAGGCCAACCUUCAGGAAAACGAGGAGAGCGCAAUGGGAACUGCGAGCAAGAGAGCAAGACGUAAGAGACCGCUUGUGGGGUCUGAAGACGAGGACUAG